AUGGACCUUCCGGAGACUCAUAUCGUGUCGGCGGCCGAGACCUCCUCCAUUGUUGACGAUGCCGCUUCCGCAGUGGAGGGUCUUGACACACAAGAACAUGAGCCUACUCAAGGCGUGCUCUCGGGUGUCGGUCCCGAUACUGACACUCUCAUCGAGGUCGCUCGCAAUAAGGGUUGGACUGAGCGGGUCCCUUAUGCGUAUGCUGACCUCUCCAACAAUAAAGACCAUCGUGAUUGGGCUAGUGUUGCCACCCGCUACGAGUGGAAUGACGAUUACGGUGAGAUCGGACCUGCCGUUCCAGAACUCGAGAAGCAGCUCUUCGGUAGUGACCAUGUUGGUCGUGCUGGCGAUAAAAUUGACGAGCUUAAUAGCUACAAGGUCAACAUUGAGAGCCCCAACGAAAUUGUGGCAGUCACUGAGUGGGAGAACUUGGGUCUGCAUCCGGUAAUGCUUCAAAACAUCCGCCUUUGUGGCUAUGCGGCUCCUACUGCGGUCCAGUCGUAUGCUAUCCCAGCCGUUUUGACGAACCAUGAUCUCAUUGCAGUCGCACAGACUGGUUCCGGAAAAACGGGCGCUUUUCUUAUCCCCAUCCUCUCUAAGUUGAUGGGCAAGGCGAAGAAACUGGCUGCUCCACGCCCAAAUGUCGCUGAACUUUUCAACCCAAGGGAGGACGCUGUUCGAGCCGAGCCUCUGGUUCUGAUUGUCUGCCCUACUCGUGAAUUGGCAACUCAGAUCUUUGACGAUGCCCGCCGGCUCUGCUACCGAUCGAUGCUUCGUCCCUGUGUUGCUUAUGGUGGUGCCCCUGCUCGCCUUCAGCGUGAAGAGCUUCAAAAGGGAUGCGAUAUUCUCAUUGCGACUCCGGGUCGUCUUCUCGAUUUUAUGGCCCAAACUCACGUCCUGUCUCUUCGCCGUGUUCGGUACACGGUCAUUGACGAGGCCGAUGAAAUGCUUGACGCCGAUUGGGAGGAUGAAUUCAAAAAAAUCAUGUCUGGAGGAGAUAUCAACGAGGAUGAGGAUCAUCGCUAUUUGAUGUUUUCAGCUACUUUCAACAAGAUGUUCCGCAAGCUGGCGAAGACAUACCUCAGUGACGACCAUGUGCGUCUGCGUGUUGGCCGAGCCGGUAGCUCACAUCACAACGUUGUUCAAACAUUCAUCUGGGUUGAGCAGCGCCAGAAGAUGCGUGCCCUUUAUGAUCUUCUGAUCAGCAUGCCGCCUGUCCGCACCCUAAUCUUUGUCAACAGCAGGGACCAGGUUGACUUUGUCGACGAUUAUCUCUACAAUUCGGGCAUGCCAAGCACUUCAAUCCACAGUGGACGUACCCAGCGUGAGCGUGAGGAUGCCAUGCGCGCCUUCCGGUCCGCCAAGUGCCCUAUCAUGGUUGCUACUGGAGUUUCUGCCCGUGGUCUUGAUGUGAUCAAUGUUUUGCAUGUCGUGAAUUAUGAUCUACCCAGUGCUGUGCAUGGUGGCAUAACUGAGUACAUCCACCGUAUUGGCCGUACCGCCCGCAUCGGUAACGAAGGCAUUGCGACGUCUUUCUACAAUGAAAAGAACGAGGAAAUUGCUCAGGACCUCGUUAAGAACUUGAUUGAGUGUAAACAAAUUGUUCCUGAUUUCCUUGAGGAAUUCCGCCCUGAGGGCGAACUUGUGUUUGAUGAUGACUCGGACGACGAGUUUUUCGAACAGGGAUCUGCUGCGGGCACCGACGCUGGUGCUGGCUCUGUUUCCGAUGAAGGCAGACUUGACGAGGUCCCGGAAACCAAAGAAGAUGCUUACAGUGAUGCCGGAUCUGGCAAGGAAGCCGGAAGCGAUGAAGGAAAAGCGAGAGACGCCGCUUAUGACGACCGUAAGACCCUUGAUGAACGUGAUGUGGACCAAAAGUCUCGAAAGAAGAGCGGCCUCGUUGAUUCUGCCUAUGCUACCAGCCCUGCUCCCGAGGCCCAAGCUCCUAAGCAGUCUGAUUUCUGGGGUUAG